AAAAUACCUAGGCCUAUAUAAACCAGACCUGGCUAGUUCAGCCCUAAGCCCUCGCUCACCACUUGCAAGCUACAGCAGCUCACCACACGAGCGCCCACAGCUAGCUAGCUGCAGGUUGGUAAUCACCGCAAUGGCCUCGCAGACCUUCUCGGCCGCGUCCCUCAUCCUCCUGCUCGUCGCGAGCACCUUCCUCGUCAGCGACGUCGCUGCAUGCGGCGGCUGCUCGCACCCAUCUCCGCCGCCGCCGCCGACGCCCAAGCCGUGCCCGCCGCCGCCGUCCAGCUACGGCAAGUGCCCCAAGGACACGCUGAAGCUGGGUGUGUGCGCCAACGUGCUGGGCCUGGUGAAGGUGUCGAUCGGCAAGGUGCCGACGGACUCGUGCUGCCCGCUGCUGGACGGCCUCGCCGACCUGGAGGCUGCAGUUUGCCUCUGCACCGCGCUCAAGGCCAACGUCCUCGGCAUCAACCUCGACAUCCCCAUCAAGCUCAGCUUGCUCCUCAACUACUGCGGCAAGAGCGUCCCCGAAGGCUUCCAGUGCGCCUAAAUUAAUAUGCAUGCAUGCACGCGCGCCACUUAAUUUUCGUCUUCGAUUCUCAAUUUCUUGUUCCAACAGUUAAACCUUGUUGACGCGGUUACUUUUUUUGUGAUUCUUGUGUAUCGUCGAAUCGUGUAACAAUGCAUUGUUUGUUGCAUUGUUUGUUCUUCUCAAUUUGCGUCCUGCUGUAAAAGAAACACAUCGAUCAGUGCUUGAACAAUAAGCAUGUAAUUUGUACACCAACACAAAAAUAGUCAUCCCUACCCUCUUCA